CAGUGUUGGAAUCGGCAAAGAGGAAGGGUUGUACCAAUGGUUGUUCAAGUAAAACCCAGCUCCAAUAACAACAGCAAAACAAUGGAUGGCAGCCAACAAAAAACGGAAGCGAAUAUUUUGCUACUUGGUGCUGAAAACGUCGGGAAAUCAGCGCUCACCGUGCGAUUUCUCACCAGGAGAUUCAUUGGCGAAUACGGCGAUAUAGAGUCCAUAUACAGUCACAGUGACAAAAUAGAUGGACGGGAAAUCUCCUUCAACAUCUGGGACUCCCUGUAUCCACAGGACUCUGAAACCGCUGAAUCCGUGACCGAAAAGCAUCUUCAGUGGUCCGAUGGUGUCAUACUGGUUUACAGCAUCUGCGACCGAUCCAGCUUCGAAGUGGUGCGGCAGCAGGUGCAGCUUAUUCGGCAGUCGAAGAAAGGCUCCAGCGGCCCACCCGUCAUCAUCGUGGGCAACAAGCGCGACCUGCAGCAUCAGCGCGCAGUCUCCGGCGAAGAGGGGCGGCUGCUGGCCAUGUCGACCGAUAGCAGCUUCUUCGAGAUCUCGGCCGCCGAGAACUAUCACGGCGUGCUGCUGGUGUUUCACGAACUGCUUGAGCUUAUACGGGACGCCAGGGCUCUCAAGAAAGGAACUGUCGGGAUUAAAGGCAUCGUGAGGAGCGUGUCUGCGGUCUUCGGAAGGAGGCGCGCCGAGUAGGGAACGAUAGUGGGGAAGAAGAUUUAGCAAUAAACCUUAUCAGAGCAGUUUUGAAUAUACGGACGACAAACGUCAAGGGAACAGGCAAACUCACAGGCGAUGGUCGUUGCGUCCUAACCCGGGUGAAAUCUGUUCGUCCAUGAGUCUCGUUUUCAAGCGCCGUAGUGAUGAACAUGCGGCUCGACUGGUGCUGGAGUCUGAGUCCCGAUCGCGGACAGCCGCAGAAGAAUUUCUGGGUUAUGCAGCGGGGAAAUAAACUCACCAUAUAGACUUAUUGUAUCGACACCGCGGACAGAUCUGUGUCACUGUGUACUUAAAUAUGCAGGUGCAUAUCGUAAACAAUUCAAAAGGAUUCAUGAAUCUUUAUAUAUAGUGGGGUGGUGGAGAAUUUCCCGAGUAUAGUGUAGUACUUUAAAGGGGAGUGGGUCUGAUUGUGCCGUUCUGGAUUCUAGCAAAAUAUUUGAGCAUGGGAGGGAACGGACAAGAUCUCAGCAUGGAGGCAUGAAACGAAUGCCUGUAUGGAAAUUAUAUUAGCAUUGUACUUGCACGUUAUACCGAGCACAGAAUGUCACUGAGCCUUUCCGUGGUCAGUGCGUAAGUUAGGCUCGAAGGAAUCCUUAAAGUACCGUUUAAAGGGGGUGACUAUGGCUACGCUGGAUGUAAUUAAUGUCCGACGUCCCGGGCAAGUAACUCUACUAAGCUGAUUUUAAGCUGUAAUUUGUGGAAGAUGUAAACCAUCAUUGCCUGUGGUCCCAAGUGCAGCUGAAGCAGAAACUGUACCUUUCUGUUUUUUUUUUUGUUUUUUUUUUUAUUAUUAAAUGGUCACACCUCUCCUACAAGACUGAAAGCGUGUAAUGUUAAUGGAUACGGGAAAAGUGCACUGUUACUCUGUGGAAGUUUUAUAUUAGUGGAAAUCUAAAUUUGAAUGCUUUGUUUUUCUAAUAAAAAGUUAUUUUGAUUGUGA